AUGCUGCACGUCAUUAAGCGCACUCUAGCACGGGCGCAGGAACCAAUCAAAGGUUCUCCCAACGCUGAAUAUUCAGAACUCAAACAUCGUCUUCAUUCCGUCAAGCUUGCCCUCGUAUACACGUGCAAAAUGCUAUCCUCUGCAAAUCGAGGCUGGGUUAUUCAAAUGCAAGAGCAACGAAACUUUUCUGAGCGCUUUUUCGAAUCAUAUCCGACAACAGAUGACGAGAUACAUCAGGUUGCUGCAGAUUUUGCCAAAGGGUCACAAGUUUUGUACGAUCAAUUCACGAGGGCACCGGGAAAUGAAGUCACUCAGUACAAUACUAUUCAAAAGCAAGUGGAAGCAUACAUUCGGGAGAUAAACAGAGUAGAAGCGAUGUAUUCGAGACUCAAUGAAACCAAGUCAGAGGCAUCGAGGUACCAGUCCAAGCUCGAUUUUAUGGAACGCAGUCGUCGUGGGAUUGAUGAGCAGAAGAAGAUACGGAAUCUGCAAAAGAUGGAUCAUCAUAAAGUUGCAUAUAAGGCGUUGUUAGCAGACACAGUCAGAGCCCAGAAGGAGGUAUACGCCAAACAUUCGGUCGUUUUUAAAGCUGCGCUCACGUCGUACUGGUUGAGCCACGAGAAACAUGUUACUCUCUUGGUGAAGAGUCUUGAAAAUACUCAAGCGUUUGCGAAGAAGGCGGAGCCGGAGAUGCUUACACUUGAUAUUGCGAACUGGACUCCUCCAUCUAUUGAGCAGGGGACAAAAACGGUAGGAGUCAUUGACUACACACCCGUCGCCGAACAUGAGCGAAAUUCAAAGACUUCCUCCGAAACCGAGACGGCGAAGGAUGCUGCAGUUCAACUGUCUUCACCUACAGCUGUUACCGUCGAAUCUCCGACAGGAGUGGCCGAGGCGUUCACCGAACCUGCUCCCACGAAACGAAAAGAAAUAACUCAGACAUUUACGAAUAGUUCUGAACCACGCACAGACAUUGCAUCUUGA